AUGACAACGCCCCGUAGCAUGAUCUUGAGCCUUUCCUUCAUAGUAGCCUCUGCAGGCCUUGCCAUCCAAGGCAGAACCUGCAGUUGCCUGCAAUUUAACUACCCCAGCUUCGACAUGACCAACAAGAAUGAUUUCAGCUUCAGCCCAGGUUCAGCAAUUGCAAAUGGUUCCCUGAGAAUCGUGCCGAACACCGGAAACUCGAGCCACCAGUCGGGAAGGGUGGUAUACGUAAAGGAAACCCUCAAGCUGUGGAACAGGAAGCGAACUGUGCUCACAUCUUUCGGGACGCAGUUCACGCUCAACAUCCUCCCGGGAGAAGGUAUGGCUUUCAUACUCACAAAUAGCCUGUCGUUGCCCAGGAACAGCGGCGGCCAGUGGCUCGGCGUAUGCAACAACCAGACAGAUGGCGCGCCAACGAACCGAAUAGUAGCCGUGGAAUUCGACACGAGAAAGAGCUACCAGGACGACCUCGACGGCAACCAUGUCGGGCUCGACUUGAAAAGCAUCAAAUCUGUUUAUCCGUACCCGCUCAGCAAUCUUUCAAUCAUCCUGUCAAGCGGCUCGGAUGUCUUGGUUAGUAUCAUCUACAACAGCACAUCACAUGCUUUUGUAUUAUCUGUAAGCCAGCGCAACACAAGUGGCAGUGGGGGGCAUAAUUGGCGAGAGAGCUGGCCGGUUGAUCUAUCACGGUACCUACUGGACGAAAUAUAUCUGGGAUUCGCAGGUUCCACGGGUGAUUACACCCAACUGAACCAGAUAAAAUCGUGGAACUUCACCACGAUAGACGACAUACUCGUCGCUGAAAGAACAAGACAUGGGAAGUGGGUGUUUUUGGUUCUCAUUGCCUUGGUUUUCCUUGUUACAUGUUCAUCGUUUCUUGUGUUGUUGGUGCGGAGAAGGGUGACACAGCGGAGAAGGCUAGCCUACCGCACGCUCGAGAAAAUGAUCGACGCACAUGGCCCGGUUAGAUUUAAGCUCAAGGAGUUGAAGCACGCGACCGCCAACUUCAGCCCUCACCGUAAGCUCGGUAGAGGUGGCGGCGGCACUGUUUACCUUGGAUACCUGAAUGGGAUCAACAGAGAGGUGGCUGUGAAGCGGGUCUCACUCUCAAGCCGAGGAGAGAAGGAGUUCGUGGCGGAGGUGAACACGAUCAGCAAGCUCUCCCACCGCAACCUUGUCAAGCUGAUUGGCUGGUGCCAUGAGGGAGGCGAACUACUCCUCGCCUACGACUACUUCCCCAUGGGCAGCCUGGACAAGCUAUUGUUCGCCAAUGCCACAACGACCACGUACUCGUCAUCGGCGCUCACAUGGGAGCGGCGAUACAGGAUAAUCUGUGGGAUGGCAGAAGUAUUUCAGCACCUUCACCACGGGAGCAGCAAGAGGAUCCUCCACAGGGACGUCAAGCCCAGCAACGUGAUGCUCGACGAGGCAUACAACGUGCGGCUGGGCGACUUCGGCCUCGCCCGUGCCAUCCAGCUCGAUGGAGCGACACACCACUCAACGCAGGCGGUUGCGGGCACUCGGGGCUACAUGGCGCACGAGAGCUUCUUCACCGGUCGUGCCAGCCUCGACACGGACGUGUACGCCUUCGGCGUCUUUGCCAUGGAAGUUGUCAGAGGGAAGAGCCCAAGCAGGUCGAUGCUAUAUGACACACAAGAAAUGUACAUUGUGGAUUGGGUCUGGAGGCAUUACAGCCUGGGGAAAGUCAUGGAGACAGCCGACACGGUGCUUGGAGGAGUGUAUGACGAGAUGCAGGUGGAUUCUGUGGUGCGGCUGGCCUUGGCUUGCUGCCACCCGAACCCGAGGGAUCGACCGUCCAUGCGGACGGCGGUGCAGGUGCUAAUCGGUGGAGCGCCUGCCCCGACUCCCCCAUUUGAGAGGCCUGCCUUUGUUUGGCCACUGUCAGGCAUGCAGCAGGAGAUGGAGCUGCCGCAGGUUGGUGUGCUCUUCAUGGGAGGACAGCUCAUCACCUCCACUUCCCUCACAGGAAGGUGA